GAACACACUGAAACAAUGAACACUAACAGGCCAGUGUGGGAAGGAAGGUCCUCAGCUUUGUGGAUCAGGCCCCAGGGAGAGAUGCCAAAGCAGAGGGCAGGCUCUGAAUUUACACCUCUGCAGCCUGUUUUUUUAUCAGAGUCACGUGGGCUGCAGACUUGGGCCAAGCCUUUAAAUUCAAAGCAAGCUGGAGGGGGUGGGUUGGAGGCUUGGCGUGGCCUCAGGCUGUGUAAGGUGGCGGGCCUGUUGCCAGCCAUGCGGAGGUUGAGAGUUGUCUCAUUCCUGGACACGAUCAGCUUGCUGCAGGCCCUGGGCACACAGGCAUGGAAGCCAUACUCACUUGAACAAACAAAGCGGAAGCAUCGGAUGGCAUUUACACAGCCUGGGAUUAUUUUCUACAAAGAAGCAACUGGGAACCUCGGUGUAGCAGAGGGUACCCUAGAGGAACUCGAUGAUUCUCUCCAUGUCCUGACCCCAUCCGUGGAUGACUCUGCAUGUGUUCACGUGGGGAGAGGGAAGCUGUUAUCCAUACCUCAAGAGCUGCUGUCGCUUGGAAUGCACAGAGUGAUCAGACAGCAAGCUGGGCAUCUUCCAAACCCAGGGAUCAAACCCACAUCUCCUGCAUUGGCAAGCGGAUUCUUUACCACUGAGCCACCAGGGAAGUAUAAGUGUAUAAAAGGAUAGCCAGAUUUUGGAGUUUGUCCACAGUCCUUGCAAUAGAUUUCAAAAGUCUUUCCAAACUGGCUCUCAAUUUAUAUUCCCAAAAGCAGUGUAUGAAAGAUUUACAUCCUCAGUAUCCUCUCUUUACUUGCAAAGUAUAUAUGCUUUUUGAGUUCAUUAGUCAUUUGGGUUCCAUCUUCAUGGAGCUGUCUUUUAUUUUCAUAAAUUGCUUGCUUGCCCUCAUCUAAGUUGCUUUUCUUGAGAUCUUUACAUACUGUGCAUACAGGUCUUAUCUUUUACAUACUUUA